UUUAGGUUAGGCGUCGCGUCAUUGCGGUUUCCAAUUGUUUUUCUCGUAUUAUGUAGUGUUAGUAGUCCAAAAUGAGUUCCCCGAGCAAGGAAACCGAGGAGCCGUCGUCAAGUUCCGCGGCCGUGCCGAAUGGGGCGGGCGACGACGGCUGCAGCGGCGAAGAGAAGGCGGAGGGCCAGGGCCCUCGGCCGCCCGCCAAGCGGCCGUUGACGGCAGUAAUCGAGAUCUCGGACACGGACAGCGACGACUCGGACGUGUGCGCCGUCAAAUCGUACCAGGCCACGGCCGACGAGGUGAAGCGUAUCCGCGGCGCAGACCAAGACUACUCAUCAUCAUCCUCCUCCUCCUCGGACUACAGCUCAGACUCCGAGUCCGCCUGGGAGGAUGACUCGGUCCUCAUUGAGAGCGAGCCCCCACCGGCUCGGCUGGUGUGCGCACGGCUCAACCCUAGAGCCAAUAGGAUGGACGACCCUACGCUUAACCCUACUAUUAAGUCACAAGAACUCUUAGAGAAAUUUAAGACCCACUGGAUGGAGCAGAAAGACUUGUCCAUCCCCGAACUUACAUUAACCUGCUCCCCGUUCCGGCUCGGGCUCCUCCACGGGUUGCUGGCCAACCCGGACAUGAUCAACAACAUUGUAGAUGAUAUGAACACACUAGACUGGUCGAGAAAGAAGAUGGACUUGUAUGAGUUCCACCAGACUGCAGACCUGGCCAGUCUCACGUGGCAGCGGAGUAUUAGAGGCAUACAUGAGCUGCUGAAGACUGAAGUUAUGAGCUGGGUAUCCGCAGUGACGGGUCUCGAACUAACAUCAGUAUCCGCGUCCUGUUCACUCUACGGUCCGGGUGACCACCUGUUAGUGCACGACGACCUCCUCGGGAGCCGGCGCGUCGCCUUCAUACUGUACCUGGCGCCGUGGACCUGUCCCCCGCAGCGGGAUCAGAACGGGGACGACCACGUGGACGUUGAUAACGACACAGGUUGGAGCGCGCACAUGGGCGGAGCCUUAGAACUAUUAGCGCGCGACGAGGACGGCCGCCCCACGGACGUGGCGCGGUCGGUUCUUCCUGCCAACAAUAUGCUGGCGUUUUUCCAAGUUGGCCCGGAGACUUUCCAUCAGGUCGGCGAGGUGCUGUCGCUGGAGCUCCCUCGGCUGUCCAUCAACGGCUGGUUCCACGGGCCCGAGCCCCCCGCCCCCUCCCCCGCCCCCGCCGCCCCCGACCCCGACCCCGACCCCGACCCCGCGCCCGCGCCCCCGGAUCAGCACCGCCCUCACAGCGACCCGGUGGUGAUGCAGUCCAUGCUGGAAGCGACGUACAUGACGCCGCGGUCUCGCGCCGCUAUCCAAGCGCAGAUGGAGCGUCGCUCCGAGGUGGCUCUGCGGGACCUGCUGCAGAUAGACUUCUACACGAGCUUACUGGAGGCACUACGACAACAAGACCUGCCCUGGGAGCGCGCCGGGCCCGGCAACGAGCGCCGCUACCUGCGCCUGCCCCCCCUCUGGGAAGACUCCCUCCCCCUCGAGCACCCCGUCCGGCAGCUGCUGAAGAUGGCGUCCGGCAUCGCGUGGUUCCGGUUCCUCCACGACUGCACCGAUCUCACACUUACUAAAUAUGAGAGGCUCGAGCUGCAGAAAUGGUCUCCGGGGGACUUUACUCUCCUGCCGGGGCGCGCGCAGUACUCGGCGCCGCGGCUCUCGGCCGUGCUGUACCUGGGGCUGCCGGCGCGGCGCGGGUGCGGCGGCGCCACCACGUACCUGGCGCCCGAGGAGCGCCCGGAGCCCGGCGCGGAGCCCGGCGCGGAGCCCGAGCACGACGCGGCGCUCGUCACCGUGCCGCCCGUCUCCAACGCGCUCAGCCUCGUCUACUGCGACGCGGGCGCCGCCGGCUUCACUAAAUACCUCAGCAAGAUGACCAUGGCGCCAUCGGAUCACUUCUUCAUCCUGACGUGUACGUAUAGAGAGUGACGAACGUGUUACGAUUGUCUCCGCGUGCGGGAGAGGCACGGGUGUCCUGUUAUCGGUCGACUUUGGGGGUAAAAUGUAUCGGGGCGAUUUUUAAGGCGUUUGCGAAGCUAUUUUUUUACUGAGAGUGACGAACGUGUG